CGCGCUGCUGCCGCGGACGGGAGGCAGGCCGGUGUUUUUCCACAACUGAUGUCUAAUGGUCACCCAUGUUGAGAGACAAAGGUCAGAAAAAAAAGCUCAUAAACUAAAUUUACCGCUGCCGCUGUUAUUCAGCACCGAGACGCGGCACAAUACAGAAGGGACAAGAACAUUUCAAAGGAAUUAAAGGAAAUAAACAUUAAAGCAUGGCCCAGAAGGAAAAACUUCAGUGUCUAAAGGACUUCCACAAAGACAUUCUGAAACCCUCUCCGGGAAAGAGCCCAGGCACGAGGCCGGAGGAUGAAGCCGAGGGGAAACACCCCCAAAGAGAAAAGUGGGCUAGCAAGCUUGACUUUCUUCUAUCAGUCGCCGGGGGCUUCGUUGGUUUAGGCAACGUUUGGCGGUUCCCGUACCUCUGCUACAAGAAUGGCGGAGGUGCUUUUCUCAUCCCAUACUUCAUUUUCCUGUUCGGUGGAGGACUGCCUGUGUUCUUCCUGGAGGUGGCACUCGGUCAGUUCACCUCUGAGGGAGGAAUCACCUGUUGGGAGAAACUUUGCCCCAUUUUUACAGGUAUCGGCUAUGCAUCCAUAGUGAUCGUUUCCCUGCUGAACAUCUACUACAUUGUGAUUCUGGCCUGGGGCUUGUACUACCUGUUCCAGUGCUUUCAGCCAGAGCUUCCCUGGGCAAGCUGCAACAACAAAUGGAACACAGAAAAUUGUGUGGAGGAUACCCUCCGCAAGAACAAGACACUCUGGGCGGCUGCAAACGCCACUAACUUCACUUCCCCCGUCACUGAGUUCUGGGAGCGAAAUGUCCUCAGCAUCUCAGAUGGUAUCGAGCAGGUGGGUCAUAUUAAAUGGGACCUGGCUCUGUGUCUGCUCGCUGUGUGGGUCAUCUGUUUCUUCUGCAUCUGGAAAGGUGUGAAGUCAACUGGGAAGGUUGUGUACGUCACGGCAACAUUCCCAUUUGUCAUGUUAAUUGUCCUGCUUGUACGGGGUGUCACUCUUCCUGGGGCAGCCGAGGGCAUCAAAUUUUAUCUGUAUCCAAAUGUGACUCGCCUUGCAGACCCAGAGGUGUGGAUUGAUGCGGGGACACAGAUUUUCUUCUCUUACGCCAUCUGUCUAGGAGCCAUGACGUCAUUGGGAAGCUACAACAAGUACAAAUACAACUGCUACAGGGACUGUUUGCUGCUGGGAGGCCUGAACAGCGCUACCAGUUUUGUGUCUGGCUUCGCAAUAUUUUCCGUCCUGGGCUUCAUGGCACAAGAGCAAGGGGUGGACAUAGCCGAUGUGGCAGAGUCAGGUCCUGGCUUGGCCUUCAUUGCUUACCCUAAAGCCGUGACUAUGAUGCCACUUCCUACAUUUUGGGCAAUUCUUUUCUUCAUAAUGCUUCUGCUGUUGGGCCUCGACAGUCAGUUUGUCGAAGUGGAAGGGCAGAUCACAUCCCUAGUGGAUCUGUAUCCAUCCUUCCUAAGGAAGGGUUACCGGCGUGAAAUCUUCAUAGCUAUAGUCUGUUUUAUUAGCUACCUGUUGGGACUUACCAUGGUCACCGAGGGUGGCAUGUAUGUGUUUCAACUCUUUGACUACUAUGCAGCCAGUGGCGUGUGCCUUUUAUGGGUUGCAUUCUUUGAAUGUAUUGCUGUAGCCUGGGUUUAUGGCGCUGAUAAUUUCUAUGAUGCGAUUGAAGAGAUGAUUGGUUACAGACCAAAUCCCUGGAUGAAGUGGAGCUGGACUGUAGUCACACCUUUUCUGUGUGUGGGAUGCUUUGUCUUCUCAUUGGUCAAGUACACACCAUUGAGAUACAACAAAGUCUACGAAUACCCGGAUUGGUCCAUUGGAGUCGGCUGGACCCUCGCCCUCGCGUCCAUGAUCUGCAUCCCAAUGGUGGUUGUGAUCAAAAUCAUUCAAUCAGAUGGACCCCUCAUCGAGAGGAUCAAAGCGGUGGCGGCACCCGUGAGGGGAGGAGCCAGUUCUUGCCCUCAAGAGUACCAGCCCAAAUCCAACGAGCUGGCGCAGCCGCUUGACCCCAACUGGAACGGAGGCUUGAUGAAGCCCACCCACACCAUCGUAGAAACUAUGAUGUGAACGCUCUCUGUGAGAGGAUUCAAUGACCUGCUUUUCCAUUACAUAUAUAUAUAUAUGUGAUUCUAUAUACAUAUAUUAAAAAAUAUACUCUGUAACUUUUGACAUAGUCGUAGGACCAGGUUUACAUUGCUACGCAUCUGCACUAGGAGUCCUUGUUUUUGUUUUUUUCUACAGAGGAAGUUACAUUUUUCUGUCUGUAUUUUUAAUAUUUUUAUCAUAAUACUAUUAUAUUACUAUUUUGUCGCUGUUAUUAGACAGAGAACAGAUCGCAAACAGCAGUAUCCUAAACGUAGAACCACGCCCGUUCUAUUUUUGUAACGUUGUACAUAUCAAAAUCAAACUAAGCUAUGUUUAUUUUUUGGAGAAUUGAGAAUCAUGGGAAAAAAAAAACAACAACAAAAAACACAAAGGGCUCCGUAAACGUGAAUCGUGUACGAAAAUCUAAAAAAAACACCCUUGUUAUCGCCCAACGUGAAAUGGUCGUCUUUUGAGGAUAGUGGUCGUUAUGCAUUAUUUUAGAGCUUUAAGUGUGUCCCAAAAAACUGUUUAGACUGGAGAUUGUGCUGUCUGGAAAAAUCGAGCCGUUAGCACUGCUUGUUUUCAAUGCACUAUACCACUAAGGACACUACAUUCUCCAUAUUGUUGCACCAUUUAAAUGGAUAAUUUGCGCAAAAAAGAAACGAAAAUCAUCAUUUACUCACUGUCAUGUUGUUCUAAACCUGUACGGCUUUCGCUUUUCCAUGAAACGGGGGUGAAGAGUGAUUCAACGUUUUGUAUCCAUACGAUGAAAGUCACUGGGGUCCAAAACAUUGGACUGUUUACGUCUAACUAAAAAUGAAAAGCUUUUGAUGUGUUUUGGCAUUCAUUGACAUGACAAUGGCGUUUUGGGGGCUUGAAAAUGCUAACUUUUGAAAACAGGGUUUAGAGUUCAAGUUAUUGAUAACAAUACCAUUAUUGGCGCCGACAGACUUGUGGGCAGCCCGUUGCACUACACUGUAAAAAACAAUUUGUUGAGUCAACUUAAAAUGAUUUGUAACCUGGCUGCCUUAAAAUUUUAAGUUCAGCCAACUCAUGUUAAAUUAUACUACAUGACAACUUAGAUAUUUGAGUUGAAUCCACUUAAAUUAUUAAGGCAGCUUGGUUACUUACCCAUCUGUUAAGUUUAGCAAACACAAAUAUCUAAGUUGUUACUUAGUACAACUUAACAUUUCAAGUUGAAUAAACUUAUUUUAGUUGACUGAACUUAAAAUUUUAAGGCAGCAGGGUAACAAAUUAUAUUAAGCUGACUCAACAAAUUGUGUUUUUUAGUUUUUACAGUGUACGAGCGUCCCAAGUUCGAAUCCCCACUUGAGGACGUUUCCUGAUCCCACCCCCCCAUCUCUCGUAUCCUAAUAAAAAAAAUCCUAAUUUAAAAAAAAAUACCAUUAUCGCCUCUGUGUAAACUACAAAAACGUUUAUUCGCGAAGACGGUUGACGUUGUACAUCACGUGUUGAGUUUGUAAGCGCGUAGUUGCUUUACAACGUGACAUCUCCAACUACUGGCCUGGCAUGGAUAAUACUGAUUUUUUUUUGUAGUUUUCCACAGAUAUGUGUGAAUGGGAUCAUUUUGACGACAUUGUUGUUUGUACUUUAAAAAACGCAAUGGAAAAUCUCUUCAGUUUAAGUAAACUGUCAUGUAAACGUACCGUAAUUAAAUGAAUGUAAACGUAUCUCAAACAGUCUCAACAGAAAGAAACAUCGUGAGAGUGAGUAAAUAAAAGAACUUUAGUUUUUGCAUGAACGGUCACUUUAAGUCUAACUGUUUUGUAAACUUUCCGACGUUGCGAGUUGGAAACGCCACACAACUUUGAAAAUAAGCGUCACACUAAUUCUUAGCAGUCUCUUCCCUCUUCGAAAGAUGCGUUCACAGAGAACGACUUUUGUAGCAAAUAUGUCCAUUUUAUUAACGAAUUUAACGGAAAAAUAAGAUUUGCAAAUUUUGAGUUUGCGCUUAGUGCCGUUUAUAAGUCGCCCUCAUUGAUUCAAACUCACCAAACACGUUCUAUUUUGGAGUGUCGGAAUGUGAAGCUGCCUGAUUUUAAAACCACGUAGAUUCAGGGUAGUUUCGUACGUUUGUUUUUCAUUUGUAUCAGAUCUGUUUGUUUUUAUUUCCAAUCACAUUUGCCUUUUGUAUUCAAAAAUAUCACUGUAUUCGACUGUUCUGUUCAGCAACUACCCACAACUGUUAAUCAAAAAAAAAGCUUGCUGCGAACUGUUAUGUGCAAUAUUUUGUAGAAUGAUAUGCAUUGUUCCUGUCUUCACCUGUCUUUCAGAAAGUUGGUACUUGGAAGUGUGGAAUUACGUAUGAUUUUUAAGCUGUUGUAAUAUUUCAGAAACAAUGAACAGGGGCCAAUGUAAGCUGCCGUACAUGGUAUGCUGAAUUAACACCAAAAACUCAAUGCAGAUCUACUUACUGUGACGAUUUGUACUUUUUUAAUUAGAAAGUAAAGUUUAAAUCUAAGGAUUAUGCCAAUGUUAUGGAUUAAAUUUUAUUGGGUCUAAUACGAUUUUUUUUUUUUGGACUUGGCCAAGUUAAAACUCUAGCCAAUCGCAAAGGGAGGUGCUCGAUUGAUCUCAACAGCUUCUACCUUGUUACCUUUGGGAUGCUAUUUUGCAGAAAAGUUGAUAGAGGCACAAUUUUUUUAGCAAUACAGAUAUUAUUGUGCAGUCUCAGGGUGUGUUUUAACAACAGAGAUUGGUUUCCCGCUGUUGCGCGUCUCUUUAAACCCUUCCAUUUUUGAAGAACAGCUAGAGGGGGCAGUGUUUAUAAAUGCAAGAGAGAACCUUUUUAAAGUAAUGAUUAGAAAUGUUUUAUUUUUUUAUUUCGAGGAUAUCUGUAAGUAAAAAAGCAAGUGUAUCGAUAAAGAUUUUACAUCAUACCCAAAAAAAAAAAAAACAGGAAAAAAAAAAAAGGAAAAAUGGAAAAAAGUUUUUAUCUCUUAAUAAACAUUUAUCUUUUAAAAACC